AACGGCCCAGUUCGCAGCGACAUCCUCACGCAACUCCGAAGGCGCGCCGGCCCGGCCGGAGCCGGACGCGCCGCCAUGCCGUGGCCGCUGCGGGUGCCGGCGCGGCUGCUGCACGCGCGGGGCAAGACCACCGCGGCGCAGCACGUGGCGGCGCGGCACCUGGACCACGCCUUCGAGCGCGUCGCGGCGGCGCACCUCCCGCUCGUCGCGGCGGCGCCGCUGGUCGACGCGCUGCGGGCCUCCCCCGAGCCGCUCGCGCUGCCGAACCUCGCGCGCCGCCUCCAGCUCCGCCUCCACCGCCGCGGCCCGCUCCACUUCCUCCGCCUCUUCCCGCGCGUGUUCCACCUCCGCCCCCCGCUCCCGCUCUCCCUCUCGCUGACCCCUGCCGCCGCGGACCUCCUCGCCGUCGCCAGCUCCCCCACCGGCUCGGCGCGGACGCUCCACCGCCUGCUCGCGAUGUCGGCGACCCGCGCCCUGCCCCUCCGCGCCGUCUUCCGCGUCUGGCGCGAGCUCGCCCUCCCCGACGACUUCGAGGACUCCGUCGUCGCGGGGCACCCGCACCUCUUUCGCCUCGCCCCCAACCCCGCCGAGCCCAACACCCACAUUCUUCAGCUCAUCGCCGAUCCGGCGGCCGAGGACUUCACCCCGGCGGUGGAGAAGACACGGCCGGACAGGUACGCGUUCAAGCUGCAGUUCCCGCCGGGGUUCAGACUGGCCAAGGAGUACCGCAAGAAGGUGAAAGAGUGGCAGCAGCUCCCGUACGCCGGGCCGUAUGAGGUCGUCAGUCCGAGGGCUGGAGGGAGCAAGAGAGUGUCCAAGCUUGCCAGGAGGAAGAUGGAGAAGAGGGCAGUGGGGAUUGCUCACGAGUUCCUGAGCCUCACAGUGGAGAAGAUAGUGGAGGUGGAGAAGUUCAGCCAGUUCAGGAAGUGGUUUGGGAUCGAGGUCAAUAUCCGGGACGUGUUCUUGGAUCACCCCGGAAUAUUCUACCUCUCGGCAAAGGGAAAGCGGCACACAGUCUUCUUGAGGGAGGCGUAUGAUCGUGGGAAACUUGUUGAGCCUAAUGAAGUCUCUGAGGCAAGGGCCAAGAUCGUUGAGCUCAUGCUCCUGCGCCGGCGUGGACUUGGGAACGCCAAUUCAAGUGCCAACAUGGCUUCAGGUGCCACUUUUGAUGCCAAAGAUAGUGGUGAUGAUUUUGUCGAGCAUGAGGAUUGCUUGUUGGAUAUACCUGAGACAUAAGAGCAGUAAAGAUUUUCUAAGACUUCUGAUGGGGAAUGGAUUAAUGGUGCCUAUGGGGCAGGUGGUUUGCGUGCUUGAGAUAACCAAAUGAGAAGGCAUAUGAAUUUACCGAGAAUGGGUAUGCCAUAGCUGAUAGGGUUAGUGCCAUGGCCAUAGCUGUGACUUUUGAUGCUUGGAUUCUUGGAACUCAAAAGUCAUGUUUCAACUAGACAUUGCUGUGCCUUUUGAUGCUUGGAACUCAAAAGUCAUGAUUCAACUGUCCGCGCUAUCCUGGUGGUAGGCCAAGGUUCAGGAGGCAAGGUUGAACCUUUGAAGGUUUGCUUUAGUUCGCUGGUCAGAAAAUUUUGUUAGGAUUCAUGAGUUUCCCCUAGCUCCUCACUUUGGUCUGGCAGAGGUAGUCUUUUGGUUAUGGCUAAUGGCUGAAGUACUCCUUGACUAUGCCUGGUUGGUGGCAUUGCUUGAAUUGAAGGGCCAGGUUCUCUUCAGUAAUUUGUGCAACCUAGUCGUUACUGCACAUUCUCAGCUUCAACAGGAUCAGCAAGAUGUGCAAAUAUGGCAAUGGACGGCUUUAGUUUUUGUGCUGGUUGGCAUCACAGAACAAGUGCCUGAUGUUCAAAUAUCAUGAAGAGAUGAUGAUCGGAGACAACCCUAUACUAUCCCUGAUGCUGAUGGAGAGACAGUUUUGCACCUUCGAAUAAUACAAUGCUCAUGUAUAAGGUGCUGCAGUGUUGCUAACUGUUUCUCCAUAGUUAACAAUUGUGUGGCUGCCAUUGUUACCACCCAAUAUAUGUCCUGAAGAUUGGUGGUUACAGUCUCCUCAUGCUUUAUACGGGUACAUAGCAAUGAUAUUUUCUUCAUAUAUCUCGCUAUAACUGUAUCUUUUCUUCCCUGUAAUUGGUUGAGUGUUCGUUUGAGAACCAAGCACACUUAUAAGUAACAAGCAUAUACUUUUGCCGUGUUGUCUCUUG